AGCGUACUGUAGGCCUAUGUACUUCGAUUAGAGUACAUAUGUUUAUAGAUGCGUAGUUGUCCACGUGAUCGGUGUUUAUAUUUUUUUCGGCAUAAUUAUCUUAUAUACACAUUAUAUGGUUGUAAGUAUUUAAUUCCGCCAUUCCGGUCGAUUUAUAAUUAGGACGUGCAUGUGACCAUUAUCAACACAGUAAACGGGUUGUAGAAUACCACAAACAGAAUGAAGAGAUCGUGGAGGGAUAGUCAGGGAUGGAGGGACUUCAAUCUACCUCUCACAUCCUCCAACGACGAAGCCUGCAGAAUGUUCGAUGCCGCCAUUACUCAGAUAACGUCCAUGUAUGCAGACACCGAGAUGGGAGGCAUUGGUAACACUUUUAAAAAGAUGAUGGAAGCCGAUCCUAAUUUCGUUAUGGGUCAGGUGUUGGUAAAUACUAUGAAAUGUGGUGGAUCCAAAAGCGAUACAGAGGAUGUAAGGAAAGUCGUAGUCGACAUUUCAAAUCAGGCUAUAAAACAGAAAGUAACGGAAAGAGAAAGUAAACACGUGACAGCAUUGAAACAAGUGGCGGAAGGGGACACUCUACAGGCUGCUGCUACAUACAGGAGCAUUUUAAAUGAUUCACCAACCGACUUACUAGCAUGUCUACUAGCUUUCUUCAAAUAUUAUGAACUAGGAAUGUCUCAGGAGCUACUAGAAAUGAUGUCAUUUGUGGCGGAGGCGUACCAGCCCGAGACUCCGGGAUACAGUACUAUUCUUGGAUGGAAAGCCUUUGCACACGAAGAAAACCUGCAGCUAGUAGAAGCUGAGCAGGACGUAUACAAGAGUCUAGCUGUUUCUCCUGGCGAAGUUUUUGCGAUCCACACGAUGGCUCACAUCCAUCUAGAAAAAGGCAUGCUAGAUGCUGGUCUGGCCUUCCUUCAGAGUAAAGCCAAAUACUGGGAGUCAGCAAGCUUGGCCUGUCACAUAGCUUGGCAUGAAGCUCUGUUUUAUGUAGAAAAGGGACAGUUUGAUGAUGCAGUAAAGAUUUUUGAUGAAAAGAUUAUAACACGACUUGGAAGUCCAGGGAAUUUUAAUGAUGCUUCUUCUUUAUUGUACCGUUUGUCUUUUGAAGACAUCAAUGCUCCACAAAGGUGGAAAAGCGUUCUUCAACAUGUGGAUAAGUUAGCUGGGCAGCACCUCUGGAUGUAUCUGGAUGCUCACAUUUUACUGUGUUUACAUAGAAAUGGAGAAAAAGAACGGGCACAUGCAAUGCUGGAGGAGUUAAAGGAGUAUGUCAAAGAAAACUCUGCCACAAACGCUCAGGUAACACAUGACGUUGGAAUACCACUCUGUGCUGGGAUAACAGCAUAUGAAGAGGGGCACCUAGAAACAGCUGCAAAUUGUCUCAACUCUGUACGUGGUUCACUUCAUAGAAUUGGAGGAAGCAUUGCACAGAGGGACACAUUCAUACAACUUUUGCUGCAUUCAGCGAUAAAAUCCCCUAACCCUGAGCACAACGCCCUAGCUAGAACACUUCUAAUGGAGAGGAAAGCUAGACGUGCUGAGGAUCCACUAGGGGAUCGCCUAAUGCUUCUCCUGGAGAAUAAAUCUUCUAAAUAAAUCACAGGCAAUUAGCCAAGUGAAAUUUGUAUUUAUCUUAGAUGAGAAAGGGACAAUACCUGAAAACAGUAUACCUGGAGACUCUAUAUAUUCAGAUAACACAGCGUCUUUCUGUUGUUUCAUACUUGAGAAGCAGCAGUUAUAUCUUACGCAACAGGGAGGUGAAAGAUUCAAUUUUCCUAGAUCUUCAAUGUAUUCAUACUUCAAGUAUUAAAGGAUGUCAAACAUCUAAACGAUGCAGCAUA